UUGUAAUCAUAAUACAAAAUCUUUGAGCCUAGAUCUCAUCCCAUAAUCAGAGCGAUUGGAUAAGAUCGAAUCUCUUCUCGAAUUGGAAUCUGAGGAUGGUUGAGGUAGAAUCGCAUUUGUAUUCAUCGAGAGCAGGAGGAAGUUUCAGCAUUCUCUUGAGCUUGUUGUAGCACACUUUUGUUUUGAACUCGAAAUUUUGUUCUCGGAUCCUUAGAACCGAAUUUUUUUUGUUCUCGGAUCUUAGGAGGAGGAUGUGUGAUUUGAUCGCUCGUACGGGUCGGCUCCAGCAACGCUACGAGAAUGGCUGCCGUCUCGUUGCCGGGUGCAUUCCAUUUAGAUAUAGAAGAAUCUCGGAAGAAGUGGGUGAUUCUGAAUGUGGGAAAGUGGUUGAAGUGUUGAUGAUCAGUUCUUCUAGUGGACCUGGACUUCUCUUUCCAAAGGGAGGGUGGGAGAAUGAUGAGACAGUUAGGGAGGCUGCAGCUAGAGAAGCUGUCGAAGAAGCUGGAGUUCGCGGGAUUUUACUGGAUUUGUUGGGAGAAUACGAGUUCAAGAGCAAGACUCACCAAGACGAGUUUUGCCCUGAAGGAUUGUGUAAAGCUGCAAUGUACGCUCUUUAUGUGAAGGAAGAGCUGGACUCAUGGCCCGAACAGGAGAGGAGAAGUCGGACGUGGCUAACGAUUCCUGAAGCUGUUGAGAAUUGUCGUCAUGCAUGGAUGAAAUGUGCCUUGGAGGAAGGCUUCUGUAAAUGGCACCAGGACAAAGGACUUCAGCUUAUCCAAUAAACCCCCAUACUUCUCUUCUCGUGCCUCUACCAUUCAUUUUUUUUUGUCAACAUAGGAGUUUUUGUCAUCAUUUGUUUCCUGGGUUUCCAAGGCAUUUUAUAUCACGUGAACAAUGUUGGUGAAAGCAAUCUGCAACAUAAACUUAAUUUUAAAACAAGAAGCGAAUAAAAUAUUUACAAAUUGUCCGAA